ACUGUUAAACCGUGGGGGGCGGGUCUACGGAGAAGUGCUGCCUGUGACCAGUCCAUGUUGAUACAGAUCUAAAAAACUGGACUAACAAGCGUGUCUGCUUACGUUGCCCUUCGCAUGGACUAAUUGAUGGAGCCCAUGACGGUGACGACGUCGGUGGCCGGGCCGGACGAGUUUGACCGCAACGCCCCGCGGAUCUGCGGUGUGUGCGGUGACAAGGCCACCGGCUUUCACUUCAACGCCAUGACGUGUGAGGGGUGCAAGGGAUUUUUCAGGCGCAGCAUGAAGCGUAAAGCCUCCUUCACCUGUCCAUUCAACGGAAGCUGCACCAUCACCAAGGACAACCGGCGUCACUGCCAGGCCUGUCGUCUCAAACGCUGCAUUGAUAUUGGAAUGAUGAAAGAGUUCAUCCUGACAGACGAGGAGGUUCAGAGGAAGAAGGACAUGAUAUUGAAGAGGAAAGAAGAGGAGGCAGCCCGGGAGGCGAUGAGGCCACGUCUGAAUGAGGAGCAGACCCGGAUCAUCUCCAGUCUGGUGGAAGCUCACCACAAGACCUACGAUGCCUCCUAUUCGGACUUCUCCCGCUUCAGGCCUCCAGUGCGUGAAGGCCCAGUAACACGCAGUGCCAGCAGAGCUGCCUCCCUUCAUUCCUUGUCUGAUGCUUCCUCUGACUCAUUCAACCACUCACCUGAGUCAGUGGACACCAAGAUGAACUUCAGCAACCUGUUAAUGAUGUACCAGGACGGCACUAGCAGUCCAGACUCCAAUGAGGAGGACACAAAGCUUUCCAUGCUGCCACACCUGGCAGACUUGGUCUCCUACAGCAUCCAGAAAGUCAUCGGCUUCGCCAAGAUGAUCCCAGGCUUCAGAGAGCUGACAGCAGAAGACCAGAUUGCUCUGUUGAAGUCGAGUGCCAUUGAGAUCAUCAUGCUGCGUUCAAACCAGUCGUUCAGUCUGGAGGACAUGUCCUGGAGCUGCGGAGGACCUGACUUCAAAUAUUGCAUCAAUGACGUUACAAAGGCUGGUCACUCCCUGGAUCUGUUGGAGCCGCUGGUGAAGUUCCAGGUUGGUUUGAAGAAACUCAACCUGCACGAGGAAGAACAUGUGCUGCUCAUGGCCAUCUGCCUGCUCUCCCCAGAUCGUCCUGGUGUCCAAGACCACGGCCGCAUCGAGCAGCUCCAGGACCAUCUGUCAGAGACACUGCAGGCCUACAUCCAGGUUAACCACCCAGGUGGACGCCUCCUCUACGCCAAGAUGAUCCAGAAGCUGGCCGACCUGCGCAGCCUGAACGAGGAGCACUCCAAGCAGUACCGCUCACUUUCCUUCCAGCCUGAGCACAGCAUGCAGCUCACCCCGCUGGUGCUGGAAGUGUUUGGCAGUGAGGUGUCAUAGCAGAGAAGGAGGCACGCUCGCAUACAUACACACACUCAUCACACAUCACAGGACACACAGGACAACCAACCAAUCCUUACCGCCUUUUCCCCAAGAGAACCCCAGCCCUGAUUAUACCUGGACGUGAGGGAGAAAGAUGGAUAAUCAGAUAGGUGGAGAGUAACCUUCCACCCCUUCAGCAUCUGUCCAUCAUCCUCCUCCUCCUCCUCCUCCUCCUCCUCCUCCUGACCUCAAGCAGCAAGGCUCAGAUGCCUGGACCUCUGAAUUUAUAGAUUUUAAGACUUAAAAUGCUCUGGAUUUCUGCAGCACCUGGAUAAACAGAUUAUAUUUGAACCUCUAAAUUUGCAAAACCAUCACCGCAUUAAAUGUCAAUACAUCACUCAGAUGUCCUAACUCGUAGACAUCUGCAACUGACGGACAUCCUGAUCCUCUCCAAAUUUAGAAACUCCAAAAAGGAGAUCACCUUUUCUCAUCACCACCUUUCCCCCGGAUAUCACUGCUAAGUUCCUCUCAUUUCUUCUUCUUUUUUUUUUUUUUUUACAGCUAAGACAGCUUGAUGGAUGUGUGUUGCAUCCCUUCUACCAUCAUCCUCAUAACAUUGUUCACAUCAUCGCAAUGGCAGACAGAAAUAGAUACACACAUUUACAUCAUAUAACCAAUGCUUACACUUGUGAGGUACAGACACAUUGCUAGCAAUGUUACUACACUCGUGUUAGAUAGCUAUAAACUAUUGUUGUUUUACAGUUUGCUGACAGCAAAGACAUCCAAAUAUAUUAUACGUCAACAUAGUCAGCUUUUAAAAAUAGUUGGUUAAGAUGGGCUGUUUAGCCCUGUGUAUCUGUAGGUCUCAGAUGGUCAGCUGAAGCGAAGAAAGGAAGUAUAGGUAGGAAUGUAGUAAAGGAACAGCGAGAAGAGAAGUGCCAUUUGGAGGAAUGAGUAAAGGAGGUUGGAUAGAUGGAGGGACAUGCUACGGUUAGAAUUCCCUGUUCAUAAGACAAAAGGGAAUUUCACAAAACAAGAAUGUAUGUUUAAUGCUAUUAAAUAUAAAUGAUACGUAUAAGCUGAUAUAUAUAUAGAUAUAUCUAUAUAUAUAUAUAUAUAUAUAUAUAGAUAUAUUAAUAUAUAUUUAAGAGAGUGAAACAUGGUGCUUCCAAGAUGCAAGAGUGUUGUAUAAAGUAGAGGAUUUGAGGCCCCUUCUCAGUUGUGUGUGUGUGUGUGUGUGUGUGUGUGUGUGUGUGUGUGUGUGUGUGUGUGUGUGUGUGUGUGUGUGUGUGUGUGUGUGUGUGUGUGUGUGUGUGUGUGUGUGUGGUUUGUGUGUGUGUGUGUGUGUGUGUGUGUGUGUGUGUGUGUUUUUCUUUCUUUCUUUCUUUCAAAAGACAUGUAGACACACAAGAAAGCGCUGAGAAGUGUGUGAGGAGUCCUUCUAUUUUUGAGAUGUGUGUACAGUAUUUGAGAAUAUUGAUGAACCACAAGGGGGUGUGUACAGGCUCUGACCGAGGGAUUAGUGCAGGGAAGCACUUCUCUGUUGGAUGUUUUUUUGGACCUGUGAAGUUUGUACACGGACACACGCAAACGUAACGUCAUGUUUCCUGGAUAGUGGUUAUCCAAAAAUAUUUGUUCGGCUGGUUAGAAUGCUGCUAAGACCGUUAGAGUUAGAUAGUUAGGUAGAUAGGACAGAAGCCAACAACUGGCUGUUGCCUCAGGGAAAAGUUUGUCUGAUGAUAUUGUGUACUAGGUGUUUAUGGUGUGUGUGGCGUAAGCUUACAAUCAUUAUAAGACGGAGAUUGUUUUUGAAGCUCUAGGCAUCACUGUGAUUUCUAAUCAUACUAAAUAACAGCAAGUAAGCUAAAA